AUGGCGACGUGCUACCAAAAACAUCCAUUCGAGAUCGAGAAUGAAGACCGUCUCACGACUAUAAACACCAAAAUAUUUGAGAUCAAAAAGAAAAUACAACUAUCAGAGGGUCAAAGGAAAUCCAGCUACGAGGUCAACGAAGCUGAGAAACAGCACAACAAUGACUUGAUCGAGACGCUGAAGAAAGAAGUGAGACUGAGGCUAGCGGAGCUGACGCAGGCCCGGGCGGUGAUCAGCGAUGAGGAGGCGCAGAUCAAGAAGUAUCUGAACGAAGUCUGCCCCAUAGCCAACAAAACACAAGACCAGAUAAUACACAACCUAGAUUUGAAAGUGAUAGAACAGAGGAAAAUGCUAGACCUUCUCAAGUAUGAGAAAAAAAGCAAGAAGAAGAGGCUCACAGACUUAGAGAAGGAAUACGAGAACCUCCUCAUAGAAAGCACAAGGAGUGAGCUGGUCAAGUCUAAAAUAUCCACAAAAGCGAGAAAGCAUGCUUCACAUCUCGAAAACGAAAUUCACAAAGUGCUCAUACAAUGGAGUGAAGCAGAGUUGGUCAAGAAAAAGUACCUUACCAUCAGACAAGCACUUAUUGAUGACUCAGUAAAGUUCGAAAGCUCAUUGUCUCAUGUCGAAGAAUUACUGAAUAGGCAAAAAGAAGAAAUAACAAAACUAGAGUCAGUCCGCGAGGAGGCGGCAGCAAUGCGCGUGCGAGCAACCAGUGCCGCGGCGGCAGAAGCGGCGCGUGCGCAUGAUGCCGACCACGCGCGUCAUUCUGAGCGAGCGUACUUCGCGCAGCGGUUCGCUGAGCGGAAGCGAGAGCUGGAAAAACUGGAGAAGAGGAUAUUCCCACCGCAAUCCCGUGUGGUAGUGCGUCAGGAAUCGGCGCGGUCUACAGAUGGGGAAGCAGUCACAGAAGAAGUCUCUGCUGCGGCACAAAUGGAAGAGAUCUUCCAGAGGCUCAUGAAACUCACUGGUGUUACAGACACAGAGGAAGUGUUCGACCGAUUCCGCGCUCAGCGCGAAACCAGCAAGCGGUUGAGCUUCCUUCAAAGUAGCACGGAGCAGGAGAAACUCGAUCUGGAGUCCUCGCAGGCGGCCCUCAUGGCCGAACUGGAGGCCUUUAAGUUCGCCUCCGUCAAGGACAAAGAUGAAGGUCAAGAAUUGAUAAACGAGUUGAAAGAAGAGAUAAGCAAAGAAGACGGAAUACACAGGGAACUUGCGGAAGACCUUGAAAAGCUCGAAACAAUACUUCUCGAAAUCAAGCGGCUUCUUUACGAUCUUUGCAAAAUUUUGGAUAUGGUCCCCGAGCCCGUGAUGCCGGAGUGGACUGCGGAAGCGCGCGAUGUGCAGGCAGUAGUCCGCGUUCUUUCCGUCCGCUACCAAACCGCACGUGUGAGAGCCGAUCAAGUGAGGGAGAAACACGGAGACAUCACCGCAAUACCCAUACCCUCCAACCCCACAAGUCGUCCAUCUUCCGUUGCUGGCAUGAGCGGCAGUCAGAGCACGCCCAAGGAAGUAGAGAAAGCGGUUCCAACAUACAAGGAAAUGCUGCAGAAGGAACCUGUUAAGGCACCGCCUUCGGAUGAAGAGGAGGACAUACCUUCACGUUGUUAUCUGAAGAGGCAAGCGCAGCUGAUCGUCGACACCAAGUGCCGAAGAAAAGGCUUCCGAGCUUACCCUAGAAAAUAA